AUGUCCAGUAAGACUGCUCUCGGUCGUGCUGGUCACGACUCCGAGGUCAAACUUGCUAGCGAAGAGCAGCUUUCCACUAUUCGCAGGAUGGCCCAGAUCGUCGCACGCAUCUUUUACGAAGAUCGACACAUUGUCCUCAUGGAUCAACUCGUCAGCAUCACCGUCCUGCCUGCUGACGUACUCGCGCACCGCUUGGGCAUUCAGGUCAAGGAGCUUGCCGCGCUCUCAUCCAAGCUCUUGGAAGACAAGCUCGUCUGCACAUUUCGCAGGAACGAGAUCAGAGAUGCUAUCACAAAUCGCAGUGUUCCACGCACCUAUUACUAUCUCGACUUCAAGCUCUUCCUCGAUGUCACCAAAUGGCGCAUGAUGUCUAUCCGUAAAAAGAUUGACACUCGUCUGCGCAACGAGCUAGACAACAAAGGUUAUGUCUGCCCUCGAUGCAAAAACUCGUACUCAACGCUCGAGGUCGCGCAUUUGCUCGACAUCUUUCGCAACGUGUUCGUCUGCGAGACUCCCGGGUGUAGCACCGAGCUGGUCGACAACGAGGAAGCCGAGGAUGUCAAGAGGAGCAAGGACAGCCUGAUGCGCUUCAACGAGCAGCUCUCUACCCUGCUCGGAGGUCUUCGUCGCACUGAGGGCAUUACGCUGCCACCGCUCGAUGUUGGCGCGUGGCUAGCUAAGCACGCUGCCUCGCAGCCUUGGUUCUCCAGCCGAUCCGAAGAUGCUUCUGUUGCGCCUUCGUCCUCGACCGUCAAUGGGGCGCCCGCCCUGCAGGUGGAUCUCGCGUCGAACGACCCGGCAGCCGAAGCGGCACGUCGACUCGCCAAGCAGAAAGCCGAAGACGAACAGCGAAAGCAGAACGCUCUGCCAGCAUGGCAUCUUGCAAGUACCGUCAGCGGCGAGCAAACGGCACUCGGCCGCAAGCAGCAGCGCAACCAGUCUUCUAAUGGCUUUGACGUCGAGGACCGCAAGGACGACGACGACGGCGAUGAUGACGACUACUACGCGCAAUAUGCUAGUCUUCAGACAGCAGAAGCAGCGGCAGCGUCGUCUUCCAAGCCUAGUCAAGCACCUUCUGUGGACGAGGAAGAGUUCGAGGACUUCGAACCAGUCACGCAGCCUCCAGACGAUGCGGGUACGCAGCGAAAGCGAUCACGGUCUCCGUUGGUCACCGGUGGCGAGAACAAGCGUGCCAAGGCGACAGCGCCAGAACAGCACGGGGAGUCGAGCGGCACUGCUCCUGCGGGCGCGGGUAACGGUGGCGAUGAUGACGACGACGGCAUGGACGACUUUGAGGAUGUCGUGUAG